GCUCGCAGCGGACGGGCUGGGCGCGGGUGGUGGCCAUGGAGCUCCUGCGGACGAUCACCUACCAGCCGGCCGCCGGCACCAAGACGUGCGAGCCCGCCUCGGGCAAGGCCGGCGGCGGGGACUCGAAGAAGAAGCGGGCGCAGCAGCCCCCCGAAGACGCGCAGCCGGCGGCGCCGGGCCACGCCGGGGCCCCCCACCAUCACCACCACCACUCGCACCCGGGCGCCGAGGUCUCGAGGAUCAUCGUCGAUCCCAGCACCGGGAAGCGCUACUGCCGGGGCAAAGUGCUGGGCAAGGGUGGCUUUGCAAAAUGUUAUGAGAUGACAGAUUUGACCAACAACAAAGUCUAUGCUGCAAAAAUUAUUCCUCACAGCCGAGUAGCUAAACCUCAUCAAAGGGAAAAGAUUGAUAAAGAAAUAGAGCUUCACAGAAUUCUUCAUCAUAAGCAUGUUGUGCAGUUCUACCACUACUUUGAGGACAAAGAGAACAUUUACAUUCUCUUGGAGUACUGCAGUAGAAGGUCCAUGGCUCAUAUUUUGAAAGCAAGAAAGGUGUUGACAGAGCCUGAAGUCCGAUACUACCUCAGGCAGAUUGUGUCUGGGUUGAAGUACCUUCACGAACAAGAAAUCUUGCACAGAGAUCUCAAGCUAGGGAACUUUUUUAUUAAUGAAGCCAUGGAACUGAAAGUCGGGGACUUUGGUUUGGCAGCCAGACUGGAACCCUUGGAACACAGAAGGAGAACAAUAUGUGGUACCCCAAAUUAUCUCUCUCCCGAAGUCCUCAACAAACAAGGACAUGGCUGUGAAUCAGACAUUUGGGCUUUAGGUUGUGUAAUGUAUACGAUGUUACUAGGAAGACCUCCCUUUGAGACUACAAAUCUGAAAGAAACCUACAGGUGCAUUAGAGAAGCAAGGUAUACAAUGCCAUCAUCAUUGCUAGCUCCGGCGAAGCACUUGAUAGCUAGCAUGCUGUCCAAAAACCCGGAGGAUCGUCCCAGUUUGGAUGACAUCAUUCGGCAUGAUUUUUUUUUGCAGGGCUUCACUCCAGACAGACUUUCUUCUAGUUGUUGUCAUACAGUACCAGAUUUCCACUUGUCAAGUCCAGCUAAGAAUUUCUUUAAGAAGGCGGCUGCUGCUCUUUUUGGUGGCAAGAAAGACAAAGCAAGAUAUAUUGACACACAUAAUAGGGGGCCUAAAGAAGAUGAAGAAAUUUACAAGCUUAGACAUGAUUUGAAAAAGACUUCAAUAACUCAGCAACCCAGCAAACACAGGACGGAUGAGGAGCUGCAGCCAGCUAGCGCUACAGUUACCAAAUCUGGAACACCUGCAGUAGAGAACAAGCAGCAGAUUGGAGAUGCCAUUCGAAUGAUAGUCAGGGGGACUCUUGGCAGCUGCAGCAGUAGCAGUGAAUGCCUUGAAGACAGUACCAUGGGAAGUGUUGCAGACACAGUGGCAAGAGUCCUUCGAGGAUGUCUAGAAAACAUGCCCGAAGCUGACACCAUUCCCAAAGAGCAGCUGAGCACGUCCUUUCAGUGGGUCACCAAAUGGGUCGAUUACUCUAACAAGUACGGCUUUGGGUACCAGCUCUCAGACCACACUGUCGGCGUCCUUUUCAACAAUGGUGCUCACAUGAGCCUCCUUCCUGACAAAAAAACAGUUCACUAUUAUGCAGAGCUUGGCCAGUGCUCUGUUUUCCCAGCAACAGAUGCCCCUGAACAAUUCAUCAGUCAAGUGACGGUGCUGAAGUACUUCUCUCAUUACAUGGAGGAGAACCUCAUGGAUGGUGGAGACCUGCCUAGUGUUACUGAUAUUCGAAGACCUCGGCUUUACCUCCUCCAGUGGCUAAAAUCUGAUAAGGCCUUAAUGAUGCUCUUCAAUGAUGGCACUUUUCAGGUGAAUUUCUACCACGACCAUACAAAAAUAAUCAUCUGUAACCAGAAUGAAGAGUACCUUCUCACUUACAUCAACGAAGACAGAAUAUCUACCACGUUCAGACUGACAACCCUGCUUAUGUCUGGCUGUUCAUUAGAAUUAAAAAACCGAAUGGAAUAUGCUCUGAACAUGCUCUUACAAAGGUGUAACUAAGGACUUUUUAACGGACCCUAUGGGACUCCUCUUUUCCACUGUGAGAUCUACAGGGAAGCCAGUCGAAUGACCUACAGCAUGUUGAAGAAGAUGGGCAGGUGGUGGUACGAAAACAGUGACAACAAUUCCUCUGUGGCCUGCUGACUGGACAGAACCGGAGCAGACUAAGGCAUACAGUUUUUGACGCUGGACAAUCCUAGAGUGAACCAGAACGCAGUUUGCCUUUGUGUACCUGUUUUUUCAAGGUUUUUCGGACAUUUUUGCAGAAAGUUGCAUUGACUCUUAACUUCUCUCUGUUGAGAGCAUUUCAGACAGAGGACAUGGAACUGUGAAUAUACUUCCUGAAGGGGAGGGAGAAGGGAGGAAGCUCCCAUGUUGUGUAAUUAGAGCAGCUUUUGGCUGCGUAACUGUGAACUAUGGCCAUAUAUAAUUUUUUUUUUUGGUUAAUUUUUGAAAGACACUUGUGGCUGGAAAAGUGCAUUCCUUGUUAAUAAACUUUUUAUUUAUUACAGCCCAAAGAGCAGUAUUUAUUAUCAAGUUUUUUUUAUGUUGACCAUUUUAAACUAUUGGCAAUAAAGAGUAUGGAAAACCCAAA